UUUGUAAUGUGCAUUUAUUGAAAUAUUUUAACUUUCCCUUUUAGGUGCAUCAUCCAUCUAUAAUAUCUCCAUUAAUGGCGCCUUCCCAAGUCAAAGUUUUACUUUUUUUACGUGACCAUUCAUUUGCUUUUCUGGGUUUCUGCUAACAUCCGUCACUCCCGUGCAGGAUUCAGAUGAUUCCUUCAUCUGAAUCAUGGGUUUCCGCCGCUUAAUCCUCGGAGUUGUGUUCUGUAAUAUGGUCUUAUCAGCUGGGGCGAAUAGUUUGAUGAAAUGCGAUCGCUUCUGCAAAUCUGCAGGUUAUCAUGAAGAAGUCCCUUAUCCGUUCGGAUUCUCUGAAGGCUGUGGGAUACGGUUGAAUUGCAGAGACCAUGGAGAUAUCAGAAUCGGGGAUUUUCCGGUGAUGAAUUUGACGUCGAAGACUAUACUGGUUAGCGUUCCGGGGAACUGCAGCCGCUCGGUUGAGAAUCUCCGGGGACUCAACGGCAGGAACUUCGCCGUCGCUUGGUGGAACGUUAUUCUGUUGUCGAACUGUGUGAAGCCGCUCACCGACUGCGCGCCGCCGGCGAGCCUGGUUAACACGCGGUUCGUUAAGGGGGAUUGUGAUCUGAAGAGUGAGAGGGUGAGCUGUUACUCGGAGUCGCGUGGAGAUGACGACUUUUUGGAUUUGGAGCGGCUGAAGAGGAGGAAUUGUAGCGUCGCGCUGUCGUCCCUGGCCGUGGAUUUCGGUACGGGCAAGAUUCCGGGUUUGUCGCUGAGAUUUCAUACGGCGGAGCUGGUGUGGUGGUUAGAAGGGAAAUGCCGCUGCCAUGUCAACGCCGGAUGUGUGUCCGUUCGGCUUCCCGACGGGAGAUACGGAUUCCGGUGCAAAUGUAAUGACGGAUUCGUCGGAGAUGGCUUCGCUGAUGGUGAUGGUUGCAGGAGAGGUCCUAAUUGCAAUUUUAAAAACUUCAUGCAAGGCAAAUGCGGUGAAAAAAGGGUCAUAAUUCUCAUAGGAGGGCUUGCAGCUGGGGCUUGCGGGGUGGUGGUUCUCUUGAAUCUUCUCUGCUGCUGCAUUCGAAGGCGAUCUGCAUUUCUGAAGAAACGAUACGCUGCAAUGCGCUUCCUUUCAGAAGCUGCAGGCGGGUCUGGCGUUCCUUGCAUUCCCUACAAAGAAAUCGAGAGAGCUACAGAUGGGUUUUCUGAGAAAAAGAUGCUCGGAUCAGGGGCUUAUGGCACAGUAUAUGCAGCAAAGCUCCGCAGCUUUGGUCGAGUUGCUAUUAAGAAACUAAAGUGUCAUGGGCCGAAUGGUGUGGAACAUGUCAUGAAUGAAAUCAAGCUUAUUUCUUCUGUACGCCAUCCAAAUUUAGUCCAGCUUAUAGGCUGCUGCGUCGAGAAUGAUGAGCAAAUCCUUGUUUAUGAAUUCAUGCCCAAUGGAACUCUAUUUCAGCAUCUACAUAGAGUACAGGGCUCAGGACUUUCGUGGGAAAUGCGUCUCAACAUUGCCACAGAAACUGCUCGUGCAAUCGCUCACCUUCACUCUGCAAUGAGUCCUCCAAUAUAUCACCGAGAUAUUAAGUCCAGUAACAUACUUCUAGAUCUCAACUGCAACUCGAAGGUAGCAGACUUUGGCCUCUCGAGAUUUGGUAGGGCGGAUGAAUCCCACAUCUCCACAGUGCCACGAGGUACUCCGGGCUACCUGGAUCCUCACUACCACCAGAACUACCAUCUUACCGAUAAGAGCGAUGUGUACAGCUUUGGCGUAGUUCUUGUGGAAAUCAUAACAGCAAAGAAGGUGGUUGAUUUCUCUCGACCUCCCAGUGAGAUCAAUUUAUCAGCAGUUGCUGUCGACAGGAUAGCAAAAGGACUUCUCUAUGAGAUAAUAGAUCCAUUCCUCGAGCCACACAGGGACGCCUGGACAUUGUCAUCAAUCCACAGAGUAGCGGAGCUGGCUUUCACAUGCCUUGCUUUCGACAAGGACAUGAGACCUUCAAUGAUAGAAGUGGCGGAGGAGUUAGAACAGAACAGGCAGAGUGGUCAGCCACCAGCCGACGGAAUUUUAAGCAAGGUAUCCUCGAGAUCAUCCUCCCGUUCAUCUUGGGCUUGUGGCAGUGAGAAAUCAACACGCGCUUUGUCUAAUAGAGUGCUGGGAAGUAGGAGGCUGAUUCUUUCACAGAGAGUAGGUAGUGCCCUGUCUACUAUGGAGGUAAUAGAUGAUGCAUCUCCAGUUUCAGUCCAUGAUCCAUGGUUGAGAGAAGAAAGUUCUCAAUCAGCAGUUACUCUUUUAGAUCAUCUAGCUAGAUCAACCUAAAACUAGAGUUUAGGUAGCAGAUACUGUAAACUUUCAAAUUCUCAUUUCAAAUCCAAAUGGCCUCUGGAUUGAUCAGAUGAUUCUUUCAA